AUGGAAAAGGCUAAUACGCGUUAUUUUCUUCAGGUGGCCCAAACUGUACCAUUGAUGGGAGCUGCUCCACAAAUUGGCGAUUUGUAUAGUCCGCCUCCUCAGAUCAAUUUGCCUCCUAACUCUUCUUUGACCGAUUCGCCUUAUGCGAACAGCGAUCCAUCCUACAAGUGCUGUACGGUGAAUGCCAUUCCCGCUACUGAAUCGUUGUUGAAAAAAUCCAGACUUCCUUUGGCGUUAGUACUUGCACCUUACAGAACAGAGUCCGAAACCGAUCAACCGGUGCCAGUUGUUACCGAUUCAGUGAUUGCAAGAUGCCGUCGAUGCAGAACAUAUAUUAACCCGUUUGUUACUUUUGUGGAAGGCGGGCAACGCUGGAAGUGUAAUAUCUGUUUCUUGUUAAAUGAUGUCCCCUCGGCUUUCGAUUUUGAUGCGCAGACACAACAACCUGCUGAUCGUUGGAAGCGCGCUGAACUCAACUAUUCAUGCGUCGAAUUUGUGGCUCCAACUGAAUAUAUGGUUCGACCACCACAAGCACCCGCUUUUGUUUUCGUCCUUGACGUCUCUUAUUCGGCCAUUCAGUCGGGCAUGCUAGCAACGGCAGCACGUACUAUUUUGGAUUCCAUCGAGCGCAUUCCGAACCAGGAAAAUCGUACCAAGAUCGGUAUCAUCACUGUGGACAGUGCCUUGCACUUUUAUAACCUGAACCCCAAUCUGUCUGAGCCACAAAUGCUUGUCGUUUCCGAUCUUGAGGAUGUUUUUGUUCCUUCCCCUGCUGAUCUCUUGGUCAAUCUUACUGAAAGCAAAGAAAUCCUCAAGUCACUCUUGGAAAAACUUCCUGAUAUGUUCAAAGACUCUGUGAAUGUGAACAACGCAUUGGGAACAGCCCUCCAAGCCGCUUUCAAGAUGGUGUCUACAAUUGGCGGUAAAAUCAUCUGUUUGCAAUCUACCUUACCUAAUGUUGGCACUGGUGCUCUGAAACCGCGCGAAGAUGUCAAGCUUCUCGGAACAGCAAAGGAAUCUACACUUUUGAAUGCUGCUUCUCCCUUCUACAAAUCAUUUGCGGUUGAUUGUUCCCGUUCACAAGUGGCCUGUGAUAUGUUAAUAUUUGGCGGCCAAUAUUCGGAUGUAGCAACCUUGAGCUGCCUUCCUCGUUACACUGGUGGUCAAACGUACUUUUACCCUGGAUUUAACGCUAGUCGAACAGAAGAUGCUCUCAAGUUCGCUCAUGAAUUUUCUGAACUAUUGGCUGAACAGAUUGGUUUGGAAGCUGUUAUUCGUAUUCGUGCUUCGCGUGGUUUACGAAUGAGCGCAUUCCACGGCAACUUCUUCAUCCGUUCGACGGAUUUGUUGGCUUUGCCCAACGUGCCACGAAAUCAGAGUUAUUGUGUGGAAGUUUCCUUGGAAGACGAUUUGAAGGGUCCUACGGUAUGCUUCCAGACAGCUCUCUUACAUACCACUUGUUUCGGCGAACGUCGUAUCCGUGUUAUCACGCUUUGUCUUCCUGUCAGCAAUUCCAUGUCCGAAAUAUACAGCAGUGCCAAUCAGCAAGCAAUCAUUGCCUAUCUUGCUACGAAGGGUGUGGAACGGGCUCUCACGUCAAAGCUGGACGAUGCACGCGACGCGAUAACCAACAAGGUGGUGGAUAUUCUUGGUGUGUACAAGGCUCAUGUUUUAGGUUCCGCUCACGGAUCAACGCCUCAGCUGACCGUUCCUGAAAACUUCAAACUUCUGCCGUUGCUUGCAUUAAGUUUGAUGAAACAUGAUGCAUUACGUCAAACGUCACAGAUUCCUACGGACUUGCGAUCCAAUGCCAUGAACCUUUUGCGAACUAUUCCCAUUCAAUUGUUGAUCCCGUAUCUGUAUCCGAACUUUUAUUCUUUGCAUAAUAUGCCACCUGAAGCAGGAGAAUUCUCGGAAUCUGGCGUCGUCUUCCCUCCAGCAUUGAACCUGUCCGCUGAAAAGCUCGAACCACAUGGUUGCUAUAUGUUGGAGACUGGUCAGAAUAUCUAUAUUUGGGUGGCCCGGGGUGUUGUACCGCAACUGUGCAUCGAUCUCUUUGACGUUAAAUCGUAUGAAAGUGUGAGAGCUGGAAAGGUCACCCUCCCAGUUUUGGAUAAACCUCUGAACCGAAAAGUCAAUCUUCUCAUUGGCAAGAUCCGCGAGAUGCGCCGCGGCAACUAUUAUCCACAACUCUAUGUGAUCAAAGAAGAUGGUGAUCCAGCUUUAAGAAUGUGGUUCUUGUCGCACCUAGUGGAAGAUCGUACCGACAAUGUCUUGAGUUACCAACAGUUCCUGCAGCAUAUCAAAGAUAGAGUAAGUUCAUGA